CUCGCUGGCCUCCUGCAGGGCGCCAAUGGCCGCGCUCUGGAAGCGCAGGUCCGGCCUGAUGGCCUGGGCGAUCUCGCGCACCAGGCGCUGGAAGGGCAGCUUGCGCAGGAGCAGCUGCGUGGACUUCUGGUACUUUCUGAUUUCCCGCAGCGCCAGGGUGCCAGGCUUGUAGCGGUGAGGCUUCUUGAUCCCUCCUGUAGGCGGCGCCCUUUUUCUGGCGGCUUUGGUGGCCAGGGGCUUCCUGGGGGCCUGCCAGGCGGUGGCUUUGCGGGCGGUCUGCUUGGUGCCUGCCAUGUUGUGGGGCCUUGUGCUCUCUCCUCUCUGAGGCUGAGCCUGGCCUGCUGCAGGCAGUACUGGCGUCAGAAAACAAGGGCAGUGGUGCUGUGGACAGGAUUCAGAGAGCCUUUUCUUUAUUGUUGUGAAAUGUGAACUUUGCAAUUCUGUGAGGAAGACUGAAUUCUGAAAUGCCCCUGGCAUUUCCCACCACUCAGAGACUUGCCCUGUGUCUGCCCCUCCCUUGAGUGUGGGUGGAACCAUGAAUUGAUGAGCCCGGCCAAAUCCCUGAAUAGAUUAGGGAUAUCCUGAACCAAUGGCUGCUAUGGGCUGGGUCUAAUUCAAUCAUCUGAGCUCUUUAUAAGGGAGGACUGAACCUCCUUGAAAUUACACUCCCCUGUGGGAGAUUCCCCAGCACUGGCUGUGCACACCCAGGGAGCCUCACAGCCGAGACCUGGGCAACACUUGUAGGAGCUGAGAGCAUCCUCACGGCAGCAGGCAGAACCAACAAGUGGCCCUGGGGCUCACAACCCUAAGGCAUUGAAUUCUGCCACUAACUCGAAUGAGAUCCAAGCCAGACCCUUCUCAGGUGAAGGUGACGACCACACAGCCAGACCCAUCCUGGAGGUCCCUCAUGUGACUCUGAGCAGGAGGCAGUCACUUGGCCUAGCAGAACUUCUGACCUGUUCUCAUUGCAGAUCCGUAAUCGAACCACCCCAGUCAGAACUUCUGCCUCUACAGCUGCUGUCGUGGAGCAGACUUGAAUCUCACCCAUGGAGACAGGCAGGCAAAGAGAUGCCUCUGCUGAGAUGUUCGCCAUGCCCCGAGGCCUGAAGGGCAGCAACAAGGAUGGAAUCCCUGAGGAACUAGAUGGGAAUUUGGAAGAACCCAGGGAUGAGGAAAGUGAGCUCAGGAGUCAGGAUGUCAUGGACCUCACAGAAGGUGACAAUGAAGGGUCAGCCUCAGCUCCUCCUGCACCCAAAAGGCAGAAAACAGAUACCAAGGAGAAGAAGGAGAGGAAGCCCACCAUGGAUGCAGAGGAGGCUCAGAGGAUCACAACCCUGCUUUCUGCCAUGUCUGAGGAGCAGCUGUCCUGCUACGAAGUGUGUCGCCGGUCAGCUUUCCCAAAAGCACGCAUUGCAGCUCUGAUGCAGUCCAUCACUGGCAGAUCGGUGUCUGAGAACACCGCCAUUGCUAUGGCUGGAAUAGCCAAGGUCUUUGUCGGAGAGGUGGUGGAAGAGGCCCUGGACGUGUGCGAGAUGUGGGGAGAGAUGGCCCCGCUGCAGCCCAAGCAUUUAAGGGAGGCUGUUCACAGGUUAAAGCCCAAGGGCCUCCUCCCCAACAGCAACUACAAAAAAAUCAUGUUCUAGGCUCAAGGCCAGGGGGAAGGGUCUGUUUGUGCAGGAAUAAGUAUCGCAUUCAUCUUCCAAUGAGAGGACUGCGUUUGCUGGAGCUUCCUUAUCUCAGUCCACCCUGGAUUUACCCAGGAUCUUAGUGUCUGAAACUGUGAAGUUGACCGUACCUAGGUGAAGACAGCAGGUUGUUUCAUAGGAGCCUUGGCUAAAUAUUUGGACAUUUUAAUGGUGUGUUGAGGUAUUUUUCUCUGUCUUUCUAGUUGGAAGAAUCAAGGUGCCUGGGCCUAGAGCAUCCUGUGGACAGGUAGCUGCAUCCAGAGAGGGAAGCCCUUCCCAGGAGAUUUGUAUGGUUUCAUGCUGAAGCCUGGUGUAGCUGUGUCUUAGCUUGUAUGCUUAUAUCUGGGUUUCAGUAAUUGAAGCUUCCAGAAAUGUUUCCCAAUUGUUGUUCUUCUGUACAUUUUCAAUGCUCAUAUGUAUUUUUGUGAGUCAUCACAAAAGCAGUUAAACUGUUUUCCAAACUUCAGAAAUAAAAAUAAAUUCAC